AAAAAGUUUAUUACUAACACAAUAAUCAAAUUUAUAAGCUAUUUUUGAAAUUAAUAAUAACCAGAGAUGUCUGCCGUUUGGGUUAUUGUAACGAUUCCUACAAAAGAAUAUGAACUUAAAAUCAAAGAAAAAGAGAAACAAAUGGAUUCAUUGAAGAGAAACAAAAUUCAAAACAAUUUAAAUGAAUUGGAUACCAUAAGAGAGGCCAAUGAAAACUUUAACAAUGAGUACAGAAACAAAAUCGAUAAUUUUGAUAAAGAAAUGUUGUUUGAAACGAUUGUUGAGGAAUCGCUGGCAUACCUGGGCAUCACUGAUGCCAUUUGGCAAAAGUCCAAAAACGGUAAUUAUUCAAACAUUUCAUUUUAUGUGGAUCUCGAAGAAAGUGAUGCCGUCAUCCAGUACUUUAAAACCAAAGAAGUGGGCAAUAAGUUUGGAUCAAGUAUUGGUAUAAUUCCUUUCUCAUUGUUUUGCUAUGAAGACGACGAUCUAUUGGAUGAGAUUGAACUCAAUGAAAAUGGCGACAAAAAUGAAAUGCGAAAACUCAGUCACUUUAAAGCUCUUCAAAAUACAUUUCUCAAGUCAGUGACAGCCCGGUUGACAGUUGCACAGGUGGUCGACAAUGUAAGAAGUGGUGCUUCAUUAACCUUUGACUUUGUAUGUUAUGUCAUAUUUGCCUCAUGGAUUGCCGCAAUGGGAUUACUUGAUAAUAGUGUAGUCAGUCUAGUGGCCAGUAUGUUGGUCUCACCUAUGAUGGGACCAGUAAUGGCACUGACAUUCGGUACAAUCAUUAAAGACGGAUCUCUUAGAAGACUUGGAUUCAAGAAUUUAGGCUUUUGUUUCUUAAUAACAAUUUUGUUUGGUUAUUUCUUUGGCUUAAUUGCAUUAAACUUUACGGAACACUGGAAUGGAGAUCAGGAAUGGCCUACAAAUAUGAUGCGCGAGAGAGGUCUGCCACGUGUUGUAUGGGUGGGUACUUUGGUAGCCUUUCCGUCGGGCUGUGCGGUUGCCAUAUCGUUACUAUCUGGAAAUGAGGCCUCACUGGUUGGAGUGGCCAUUUCGGUUUCAUUAUUACCGCCAGCUGUUAACGCUGGUCUUUUAUGGGCUUUUUCGACAUUAAAAACUUUGUAUUCAUUAAGAGAGACACCGAUAGCCGAUUUUAUGCACCCGUUGUCUAAUGAAAGAUAUACUGAUUACCCGCCAUCACUGAUACCGGACAACAAAUACCAGUUUUAUUUUAAUAAAAACAUAGCGAUCGAAACGGCAAUUCUGGGCGUAUUUAGUCUAAUAUUAUCAUUGAUUAACAUAACCAACAUAUUUAUUGGUGCACUUAUUUUGCUUAAGAUCAAAGAAAUCGCACCGUUAUCUACAAUGUCGCCAACAACCAGACGCUUCUUUCAGGAAGACAUCAAAAUUGUACGCGAAUAUAAUGCAGAACAUGGAGGUAAUAGUGAUAAUAUGGGAGAACAGGUACUUAAGGAAUGGGCGGACAUGAAUGGCAUCAAUGCCAAUGAGCUGUUAGCCAAUACACCAGAAGCUCGAGUAACACAAUUUCAGACACUAACUGAUAUUAUCAGAGAUGUAGAGGAAGAUCAAGUCUAUAAAUCUAUACAACGAACCAGAAUAUCAGUUCAUAAUGGCGAUUUAAUGCGGCGAAUGAGUCAAAGUCUAUUUCAACCGCCACCACUGUCUUCCGGUCUUAUAGUUGAGGGAAGGGAUGGUCGACGUAGAAGUAGUGCCAUAUCUAUUAAUAUGCCAAACAUCAGAAUUUCUGACGUAGAAAUGGGAGCUAUUCAUCACCGAAGAAACGGUAGACAAGCGUCGAGAUUGUCACAAAUAAAUCCCGCUUUUAUUGGAAUGGAUGAAAACUAUGACCGAUUCUCGAUGCGGGAACCACUGUCAUCUCGUCCAACAACACCGACCAUCAAAAUGCCACUGUCGGCCGGUUUGCAGCCAUUGAAUGCCAAUGUUUUUACAUUUGGUGACAAUUUUCACAUAAAUGACAUAAAUCGACGGUCAAGAAGAGGUCGUCCAAACAGUAGUUCACUAUUGAGACGAUCACUCAAUCAGUCCGAGCGCUCGCCAUAUAGUCUGUGGCCAUCAGCCAAUCGUAUGUCACCGGCAACUGUACCGCGAUUUAUGGUCACUCCAGUGACUGACUCACGAAUUCAGGAGAUAAUCAUUGAUUCGCAAAAGUCUUAA